CAACCGUAUAAUCAGUCUACUACUGAGGUGCCUUCAUUGAUCCGAUACUAUGUGUUCUCAGCGAGGAACAUGAUGCUGAUGGUAUAGAGCAUUGCAUCUUUAUUCUCUGUUUCUCUAAGACCGCUCAGUUAGUGUCGACCCACUGGGAUAUUUAGCUCAUCACAAAGACCGUUAUACAUAAUACCAUUACUGUUUGGCGCCAUGGAUGAGAUGACACGUGUACAAUACCACAUCGUUAUUGGAGGAAACACGUCAAUUCUGGAGAGUCUGUUUCUGCCGCGUCUUCCAUGCUAAGUCUAUCGCACGGCCAAAUCAAUCGAUACCGAGAUUGGAUUGAAGCGUCGACAGCCUUCACACAGCCGCCAGACUGUAGGUUGUGCUGGGUGGCCCACUGUAGCUAGCGUGGGUACAUAUGGGGUAAUUACGAUCAGUCACAACAACGCCAUUGAAAGUCAAAUUGAGGACCCAUGUGAUCAGACAAACAGGGAUCGCCAUUGCAGUAACUCUCAAGAACGAAUACGACCCGCUUCUUCCAAUAUUUGCGUCCUUAUACUGCCAUCAAUUUCUCUUAACUUAGUGGGCACCAACAUCUUAUGUCGUCUGCUUCAGCCAGUGCCAGUGAAUGAGCUGGUUCCUUAGACGCAAACGGUAAGCGGAGUAAGCGACUCCUGGCGGUACUCUUGGAUCAAUACCAGGAUGUGGGGAGAGAAGCCAGUGGAGCUCCAAUUCAUUUGCCUGUGGUUCUGACCUUGGAUGGAGCGUCUGUGCUUGAGCUCCUGGGGGUGCAUAUGUAGGUCCUGUCUGGGUGGAUACCUGCCCCAACUGGGAUAAUGCCGUACGCCGGGAGUGUGUCUUCUCUGGGUAGCCAUGGCUUCCGGCACCCGUCGUACAUGUCGGUGCAAGAUGAGGAGGAUGACGACGAGGAUGAGGAGGAGAAAGACGGAGAGACGGCGGACGACAUGAAGAAGAAAGAGAAUGAGUUUACCUGUGAGAUCACAACCAUCCUACAGCCGACCGACAUGCGGAGCGGCGAUUUUGAUAUCAUGUCGAAGCGGGAGCACCGACUGCAUCAGGCGGCAAGGGACAACGAGGUCGAGAUCAUCCGGAAGCUCACCAAGGAAAGGGUGGACCUGAACUGCAGGAACAACUUGGACCGGACUCCUCUCCACUGGGCCGCUGCCAACGGUAAUGUUGAAUCUGCUGAAGCAAUCAUAGAGGGCGGGGCCGACCUGGAGAGUAAAGACAAGUACGGGAUGAGAGCGGUGCUGUGGGCGGCUUGGUUCGGACACCUGCCAGUAUUAAAAUGCCUUCUCAACGCUGGUGCUACCCCUCACUGUCAGAACAAGCAAGGUCUCGGCCUCAUCCACUGCGCUGCUGAGAACAACCAAGUGGAAGUGAUGCACUUCCUGUUCGAAGCCUUGGAGAACCCCAACGUCAACAUCACAGAAAAGCGACGAAAAAUACCGUUUGUGGACACACCUAUCAAGAAUGACAGAACUGCGCUCCACUUAGCGGCGGAAAAUGGAAACCUUGACGUCAUUUUUAAACUUCUGGAGAUGAGAGCAGAGAUCCAGCGUAAAGAUAAGAAUGGCGAGACCGCUGUCCACCUUGCGGCUAAAAACGGCCACGCUGAGGUGCUGAAACGUCUACUGCUGUGCGGCGUGGAGGUGGAUGACAGGGACGUGGAGGGGAUGACCGCCCUGCAUGCCGCCGCCGACAACGGCCAUCGAGAGGUCGUUGACCUCCUCCUGGACUACACGGCCAGUGCCAAUGCCGAGACCGUCCGUGAAGUCACUCCGCUCCACCUGGCGGCAAUGCAUGCUCACGUGGAUGUCUGCCAGAGCCUCCUCAAAUACGGAUGCAAUGCUAAUGCUCAAAACUUUCAGGGGAAUACCGCCUUACACAUGGCAGCUUUAGCCAACCACAAAGAAGUAGCUCUGGUGCUUGUUGAGAAUAACUGCGAACUUGAUCUUCCUAAUCACCGUCUCCAGACGGCGCUACACGUGGGGGUGGAAAACGGCUACCUGGACGUUGUGGAGGUGUUGCUGGCCGGGGGAGCCAGCCUCGAGGCCAGGGAGAAGACGGGUAAGACGGCUCUCCAACUUGCCGCUAGGGGCAGUUUUGUCGCCAUUGUAGACAUGAUCAUCAAAGCAGACAGGUACUACGCCAUAGCGAGGGACUACCACGACAUGGACCUCGGCUACGUGGACCCGCACCAGUAUCUCCGUCGUCUUGCACACCCCGCAGCCACGCAGAUGAAGGAAGUGAUGUGGAAACUUGCCACAAAACAGCUCAAGCAGUACGACUGGAAGAAACUUGCAGUCCAUUGGAGGUUCACCCCCGAACAUAUCCGAUCUAUAGAACACCAGUAUACAGGUCCCAACAGUUACAAGGAGCACGGCUAUAGGCUGCUGAUGAUCUGGCUGCAUGGAGUUAGAAAGGAUGAGAAUGUUCUCAAACUGCUGUUUGAAGCCCUAGUCAGUGUAGACAAGAGACAAUUAGCCGAGUCCAUACGAAGAAAAGCCAACUUACAAGCUCAGAAACAAUGUUCGCCAACGUUUUGUGAAAUAUCUUAGCAGCUCCUCCAGGUAUAGACUGGACAUAUAACCAAAGCAUGUCGCUUCUUGUCAACGCUGCAUGAGACAGGGAUGCGUCUUGAUGUGUGGAUGUGUGUUAAAUUCUCAGGAGUCUGCGACACUGUGAACUGAAGAUGUUCCAGUAUGGUCCCACCGAAACCAAGCCCAUGGUGGAUGAGGAACACCAAGGAAAGAACACAUCUAUGAGCAGCUAAUGACUGUAUCUCCUCGGUAUAACGCACAAUCUGCUGAUGUUCGACUUGGGUGGUUUCAGUCUUCUUGUCCUGCUUGGGAGACGCAGUUGCAGUGAGACCUUGUCGUGGCAUACGAACGAAAUGGUGUGAUAUUUGUUAUUCCGAGGAGUGAGAGAUAAUAUUCAGGACUGUCUGUGCUAUAGCGGCGAUUCCGUAUAACGUAGGUUGCCUUAUCUGAUAUACAUAUACUACUUCGUGGUAUGUUCCACCUCAUUACAAACAUUGCCAGUGUACACCGGAUGUGGUUGGACAAGCUCCAUUACAGCAGGAGCUCCUGAAACGUCCACGUACCUCACAAAUUGAUCAUUCCUCAUACGCGAUUUCUAAUUACAUCAUGAGAACCACCAUCCUCGAUAAUCUCCAGGGUAUACGUUACGAUAAAUCUCCACUAUAUCCUGGAUGCAUCUACGGCUCGGC